AUGAGUGAAGAGGAAGAAUGGUCGAAGGAGCAAGAGGCUAACCGUAAACCCGGCCAGAAGCACCCAACGCCAUCACCUGGAUUCGCAGAUCGUGUCUUCUACGAGAGUCUCCUGCAACAGCGACCAGAUAGUCGCAUGGCACAGAAGUGGUGUCUUGAGUACGGUGUCCUCAAAUGGGCAGACGCUGAGGCACUGUGCAAGAAAUUGGGUGUAACCUCUAACGUCGUCGGUCUCUCCAAGACAGUCAAGAUCAAGACGCAAAGGACCACGUCAUCAGCUACUGGUAGACGUCGAGCAUAG